CAGGUAUCUGAACUGUAGUAUGGACUACGAGAGGCCCAACGUAGAGACUAUUAAGUGUGUCGUGGUGGGAGACAAUGCCGUAGGGAAGACACGACUGAUCUGUGCCCGGGCAUGUAACACCACCCUGAACCAGUACCAGCUUCUAGCCACACACGUGCCAACGGUUUGGGCCAUUGACCAGUACAGAGUCUGUCAAGAGGUACUAGAACGCUCCAGAGAUGUGGUCGAUGAGGUCAGUGUGUCUCUCAGGCUCUGGGACACCUUUGGAGAUCACCACAAAGACAGACGCUUUGCUUAUGGAAGGUCAGAUGUGGUUGUGCUGUGUUUUUCCAUCGCAAACCCCAACUCACUGCACCACGUCAAGACCAUGUGGCACAUGGAGAUCAAGCACUUCUGUCCCCGGACCCCUGUCAUCCUGGUGGGCUGCCAGCUGGACCUGCGCUACGCCGACCUGGAGGCCGUCAACAGGGCCAGAAGGCCUCUAGCAAGUUCUUAUUUCCUCCCCACCAGGCCUAUAAAGCCUAGUGACAUCCUUCCUCCAGAGAGUGGCCGGGAGGUGGCCAAGGAACUGGGAAUUCCCUACUAUGAGACCAGCGUGUUCGACCAGUUUGGCAUCAAGGACGUCUUUGACAACGCCAUUCGAGCUGCUCUCAUAUCCAGGCGCCACCUGCAGUUCUGGAAGUCCCACCUCCGGAAGGUGCAGAAGCCUCUCCUUCAGGCGCCCUUCCUGCCUCCUAAAGCCCCCCCCCCUCUCAUCAAGAUCCCAGAGGGUGCCAUCAACAACAGGGAGGGGCCUGGUCUUCUGCUGGACAGUCCUCUGUGUGCUGACGUCAUGUUCAUCCUCCAAGACCGCAUCCACAUCUUCGCCCACAAGAUCUACCUCUCCACGUCCUCCUCCAAGUUCUAUGACCUUUUCCAGAUGGACUUCAGCGAUGAGUCCCAGUGCCUGGUGGUGACGGAGCGCCACACCCGGGACUCCCUCCUCAGGACCCUGAGUCUGGAUACUGACGAUGAUGUGACGGUGCUCCCCAACCUCUCCCCCUGCUCCCUCAGGGCCUCAAAGAGCGACGGCACCCUGAAGACGAUGAGCUUUUCUGGGAAACACCGGCGCACCAAGCUGUCCCUGGCCUCCUGGAGCAAGGCUUUCUACAGCAUCCACAAGGAGAGCGUGAACAAUCCCGUGACUGGAUCACCAGCCCACAUGACAGUGGUGAAAAUGGACUAUUCCAUCCAGCUGGGCCCAUUCAGCGCCGUGCUGAGGUUUCUCUAUACUGGCGAACUGGAUGAAGACGAGAAGGAUCUAAUGAAAAUAGCCCAGAUCGCGGAGGUCCUGGAGGUGUUUGACCUGAGGAUGAUGGUGGAGAAUAUUAUGAACCACGAGGGCUUCAUGAACCAGGAGAUCACUAAGGCGUUCCAUGUCAGGAAAGCCAACCGCAUCAAGGAGUGUCUGAACAAGAACACCUUCACAGAUGUGACGUUCCGGUUGGAGGAUGGAACCUUCAAUGCCCACAGACCUCUUCUCAUUGCCUCCUGUGACUGGAUGGCUGCAGUGUUCGGAGGCUCCUUCAUGGAGAGUGCUAACAACGAGGUCUCGUUCCCAGGCACAAGCAGGGUGUGUAUGCAGGCAGUGGUGGAGUAUCUAUACACCAAUCAGUUGUGUCCCAUGGCAGAGCUGGACCCGAUGGAGCUGGCAGCCCUGGCCAACCGGCUGUGUCUCCCUCGACUCACAGCCCUCACAGAGCAAUACGCUGUGAGCGAGCUGAUUAGAGCUUCCAAAGAAGGACAGGAUAUAGAUGGAGAGGUGCUCACCUAUCUGGAGCUGGCUCAGUUCCACAAUGCUAACCAGUUAGCAGCUUGGUGCUUACAUCACAUAUGCACUCAUUACAACACUGUCUGUUCCAACUACCGCAAAGAGAUCAAGUCCAAAUCUGUAGAGAACCAGGAGUAUUUCGAGAAGCACCGCUGGCCGCCGGUUUGGUACCUGAAGGAGGAGGACCACUACCAGCGCGUGAGGAAGGAGAGGGAGAAGGAGGACGUGGUUCUCAACAAACACCACAGCAGACGACGCUGGUGCUUCUGGAGCACCUCGCCCGCUGUGGCCUGAGGCGAGGGUCCGAGUGGCUGUACGCGUCGCCGUGCCCUUCCCCGAACCCUCCCCGGGGAUUUGCCUCUGCCUCCCGCCUCGUGCCCCACCCCCCAUCCCCCCGCCCGCCCCACAGAGGCCCCCCCACAUGCUGCGUCGACGUUUCACAAGGUUAUUUAUAUUCUAUGCCACGGCUCAGAGGAUCCAUUUGAUGUUGCACCGUAAUGUCCUCCUUUUGCUUGGGUCCACAUGAUCAACCUUCACGUGGUUUGAAGCACAACACCAGUGUCAGAACAUUCAGGGCCAUGAGAUUAGGCUGGUUACUUUAACUGCUGUUUUCUGUAGUGGCUGUCUGGAGGUCAAUUAGUUGUUGUUUGUGAGGUUUAUUAUUCUGUUUGUAUGUCCUCCUCACAGCCGAGGAUUAUAGUUCAGAGUUUAGGAGCUUCAGCUAACAGGCUUAGAGCCUAUGGGGAGUCAAGUUUCUUGGAUUCAGUCCAGAUUCUGCCCUCUUUCUCUGUUUUAAAUAAGUCAUCACAGUGCUUAACUUAAUGCUAAACUAACACGAUCAGCUAUACUGCUAUCAUAUAAGAUUGUAGACCGUGAAGACAAGCGCUGUUGAACCUGUCAACGUAGUGUGUGCUGUUAGUCAUGUAACAUUGUGCAUGUACAGUUUACUGUGAUUGUUGAUGUGUUCUGCAGUCACUACAACACCAUCCCAUGAUCUAGGUUUGAAUUUGUAACGAUGCAAUAAUAAUUCUUAAUCUGCUGAAACAUAGGUGGGCCUUCAUGGAAUUAUAAGCAAAAUACCCUAUGAGCAAAGGAUGUUGAAAAGACACGGUUAACAUCUUGUGCUCACUGGUAUACCAAUCUAGUUCCAGGGAUAAACAGAGCUUGUCUGUGUUAACUAACUAACUCUUAUUAAUUUUCUAUUAACGGUUUUCCGUUAUUGUAGCACAGUAUUGAUCACUGUGUACUGGUUCUAACAGGUCUCUAAUUCUAACUUGAAGGGCUUCAGCACUAUGGAGUAGUUCAGGGUUUCCUAGACAUGGACCUAAUAACAACAACCAUCACAUCUUAUUAAACUGUCAUAUAUUACUAUAACAACCGUUGUCGUGGUAGCGGUUAAAUACAUACUAUAGAUUGUAACUUUGUUCAGUGCUCACAAGAUUGUCACGAAACCUGGAACGAUGUGCUACAGCGUUCCACUGUGAAUAUGACACUGGUGACGGUAAUAAAAAUUACUUGGUUUUCA